CUUACCGCAUACAUACUUGUAUUUUGAACAAACUAUGGUGUUUUUGACCACUUAUUGGCCUUUUUUCUUUUAGAUUUUGCUAAUUUGACACAUGAAUGAUAUCGUGCCUCUCCAUUUUGGGAUGGUGUUGAAGGUAUUCAAUGGGAUUAUUUAUAGUCCACUGUCAAGUUUUCAUAAAAGUAUGAGGAAAUGAAUUAAAUUAUCUAAAUUCUAAUUAUGCCAUCUAAUAGGGCAGUAACGCUGACAAAUACUAAUUAUUUGAGAUUUUUUGAACUUACAAGAACUUCUGUACUCUUCAACUCAAAAUUAUUGUACCGUUAUGUACCAGAGAUGAUUGCAUGAAUGCCUAUAAAGAAGUAAAACUUAAUCUUAGUGACUCCCAAAUAUGCGCUGGAGUUGAAUACGGAAGGGACACUUGUAAAGGUGAUAGUGGAGGUCCUUUGAUAACGUUGUCGAAGAAAAAUUAUCAUCAGUGUUAUCAAGAAGGAAUCGUCUCAUUUGGAAAUAGUGAUUGUGGUAUGGCAGGAUUACCUGCAAUCUAUACAAAAGUUUCAAGCUUUUUAUCAUGGAUUCAUAGUCAUGUUAAAGGGUAGCAAUUAAUAUAGUAUGUACAAAGUAACAAUAAAUAAACAUUUACCGGUUA